AUGUCCUCCGCACAGAAAAAGGUCCGCCUCGAAUCUAACUCGUUUGCUAUGGCUCACACCUUUCAUACGAAGAAAUUCAAGCCGGGGCCGGGUCCAACCAAUGCCGAUAACACCCCCGGUCGCUUUCGCUCGGCAUUCAUCCGUUCUCAAACGUCGCACAACCGAUGCAUAGACGACGUCAGAGACCAGUCGGUAGAAGAAGGCUCUUGUGAGCGAAGGAUCCAGAAAGCAUUUCAGGAGGGCCCCACAUUUACUGCCGAGAAGUUCGAAGCUCUCCCUGACUCUGCGCCGAUGGCAAUAUUGAAGGACAUGCUACUCUCCGACUAUCGGCACUUGUACCAGCACAAGAAGGCACGACGCCAGUACGCUCUCAAAGAAGCAGAUCAAACUCUGUACGACCAAAUCGAAUCGCUCUGCACCGAUCGCAUAGAGUUUAUCGAGAAUCUUAUUUCCGCCGGCCCCCGUACCGCGCAGCCUACGCGGCCUGCUCAACCCGAGCCACUCGGACUGCCUUCCCCCAUACUUGAUGAGAAUGAUGGCGCACCAGGAGAUACUCGCUUGUUCUCACCGGCCGACUGUCGCGAUGUGUUGAAGAACAGCUUUGGACUUGCCAAGUUCCUUCCCAAACAGCUCGACGUCAUCCUGGAAGCAUUCACAGCUUGUGAUCUGCUCGUGAUUUUCCCGACCGGGGCCGGCAAAAGCCUCUCCUUCCAACUGCCCGCAGUCCUGAUGAACGAAAAAUUCAACAUGAUCACCGUGGUGGUCUCGCCACUGAUUGCGAUCAUCCAGGACCAGGAGAUGGCGCUCCGUGAGAAGGGCAUCAAAGUGAUGUCGUUCUGUUCUGGUGACGGUCACGUCAGGCCGCGCUUCGACCAAAACAUCAAACCUGCUCUUCUCUAUGUCACGCCCGAGCGCAUCCAAAAAAGCCCCGCGUUCAUGGAUGAGCUGAGAACGUUGCACCGCUCCAAGCAUCUAGCCAGAUUCAUCGUCGACGAGGCACAUUGUGUGGCUCCGGUCGAUGAUUUCCGCGAUGCCUACGCGGAACUCGGUGCAUGCCUGCGGAAGAACUUCCCUGAUAUUCCUAUCUCAGCAUUCACCGCCACCGCGAGUCCGACGGCAGCACAGCUCAUCACCAAGAGUCUCAACAUGGUAAAUCCUCGUGUCUUCCGCCGGUCCACGGCUCGGCCGAAUCUGCGCUACUCAGCCCUGCCGACCCGCUCGGACGAGUGUUUCGAGACAAUCGCAGAGUUGAUCACCGAAAGAGGGCUGGAGGACGACACCGGGAUCGUGUAUUGCUUCCGUCGAGAUCGAUGCGAGGCGCUGGCGCUGUUUUUGCGAAAGAAAGGCGUUUCGGCGAAGCAUUACCACGCUGAAAUGACGGACCAGGAAAAAGCGGCGGUUUACAAGACUUGGAAACACGGCAUCUGUAAGGUGAUUGUGGCGACGGUUGCCUUUGGGAUGGGCGUCAAUCACAGCGACGUCCGCUUCGUCCUGCAUUGCGAUCCUCCCCGGAGCCUCGAUAAUUACCUGCAAGAGAGCGGACGUGCGGGCCGAGAUGGCCAACCGGCCGAAUGCGUGAUCUUUUACAACCCGCGUGCCCUCAGGCGGGAACUCGCCGAAAUCCCGGGCCGGGACUCCCGUGCUGUCAAAGCACUCCGACAGGUGGCAAACUACUGCGACGAGACCCUGGUAUGCCGAUCUCGUCAGCUCUUGGCCCAUUGCGGCGAGUCCACGGCUGCCGGGAAGCUCUGCGGAGCGUGCGACAACUGCGUCUCCCCGAAGCGAGCGUACGACCUGACGGCUGACAUUCAACAAUUCGUGUCCCUCCUCGAGUGCAUCCAGAAAAAAUCCGGAAACCCGAUCACCGCGUUGCAGACGAUCGACGUCUUCAUCGGCCGCAAUACCAAGUGGAUCCGAGUGAGGGGGUACGAUCAAGUCAAGGGCUACGCAGCGGGCAGACACAUCGGGCUUGAACUUGCCAAAAUCAUGAUCACACGACUUAUCUUCUGGGGAAUUCUGGGCGAGUAUCGGAUCCUCCGCCAUGAUAUCGGCGCGCACUAUUAUCUCAGGAUCGAGCGCGACCUGGCAAAGUUCAAGGGAGGUCGAAGCUUGCAAAUAGGUUUGGCUGACAAUCGCGAAGAUUCGACAGUCGAAACUGGUCGCGGAAAAUCAAAAUCCAAAGGAAUUGAUCGCCGUCGACAGCGCUCACUAUCGACCCUCACCGACCAGGCCUUUCUGAAUGCAGAUUACGUCCCGAGUAGUGAUAGCGAGAGUGAAGAUUAGGAUUGCAGAGAAUACAGAGUUGUAACGCGUCAAGAUCAUAUGACCGGGAGCAUCUUAGUCUCUUGCGUGAUCAUGUGAUGUAUCAUGUGAUCUCCA